CGUUUCAAAGACUUAUUAAAAAACACCACAAUGUGACGUGUUAAGCUGGGAUUAAGGCAAAUUGUUCGUGGCUGUUGUUAAUAAUUGCAUCAAAUAUUAUAGUCUUAUAGUCUUCAAUUCACGACAGUACAGUGUGCCCGGCCAAUCGGCUUCUGAACAACUGAAACCAGCUGGUAAUGUACUGUUGUGCUUAUUGACACAAUGUGUUCGUAAAAUACACAGGUAUUGAACACAUCGUUUGUCGCGUAACGGUCGUAUUUUUGUUUUGCUCUGUAUUAUCGAAACAAUUAUUCAUAAAUGGGUCGAUGUAGGGAUUUUGUGACACGUCCGGCUGCAACGCAGGCUAUAUGAAAAGUGGCAUCCCAGAGAACUAACAAAUAACCUUCCUCGGUAUAGUCUCAUAGUCUCAGUGCUUGGUUAAGGUGGAUAAGGGAUUUGGGCCACGAAAGUCCAGCACAGCAAAAAUUCGAGAAUAUAGGGGCAAAGCUGGUCGUGAAAUAUAUUUUAAAAGCCAAAAUAAAAAAAAAUGCACAACCUAAAGUUGAAAACAAAUCUUGCUCAGAGGAAACUCCCGAUCUCACCUCCCAAAACAUAAUGUGCAUCCCUAAAUUUCGGUGCAGUGAUCUCUACAGUACAGAGGAAAACAACAAUGUCAAAAUCAAAACACGCGGAAAAGAAAGGCACAAGGGAACAUAAGAUCAACCGCACAUACCCAACUCACUGCUUCCACAAAGCAUGCAGUUGUUGAUAUUUUCCCAUGUUGCACUUCAUAUCACUAAACUAAACAAAGCUGACAGUUUGCAUAAUCGACCUUAUUUUGUCUGACACGAGUGUUCGGAUCGGAUCAAUGACGCUCCGCGGUGAAUCGUAAGAACUUUGACCCCUUUUCGCGACACGGCGUCUUAUACUGACUAUACCGAAGGAAGAUCCAUCGAUUUCCAUGAAGAGGCUUUGUGGAAAAUGGAAACGAAUAGCUCAAUCGCUAAGAUUGAACUGUACAUAUUGUAAGCAACGCGGACGAUUGAAACUUGUCAUGUUGUUGCUGCUGUGUUCGUGUAUUUGCCACGUUCUUAUUUUAAACUUCAGCGGACGCGGGAGUACCAAUUCUGCUACCAACGAAAUUUUGCCUAUACAACAAGCACAAUAUUUCACCACCGUGGAAAAUCGAGAGGGUACCACAACUUUAAGUCCCCCAGGGGUUUCUUUAAACAAUGAACCGAAACGUGCGCCGCUGUCGCGGAAAACUAAUUUGUUUCCUUUUCAUUCGAAUAGCAGUUCAAGCGGCGCAGAUGAAUCUUCUCCCUUCGUGAUGGUUUUUCCUCAUUCAAAUAAAGGGAAGCACUUUUCUCAGGAGUUAUCGGAAAAAGAUAAGCUCGCUUUCUGGAAUUUGAGCGAAUUCCUCGGUGCGAUGGAAGGAUUCGACGGUGUCACAUGUUUGCAGCCUGAAGCCUCGACACACAGCAGUGACACCGAUCACCUGCGACAACAAGAAGAGAACAACUUCACAAGGAAUAUUUACGUGGAUUCGUCUUGGUGUCGGUUUAUGAAAAGGGAAUGGAGUAUUCACAUAAGAAACACAGGCCAAGUACUAAAUCUACAAAUACGUCUGAUUAAACCCUCAAGAAACGGAUCUUCGUUGCCCAGAAACGCAACUUUGCCGGUGGACAUUUUGCUACAAAGCUGUAAUAUAGUACAGGGGCCCUUUCUUAUAAGAAGAGAUGUGUACGACAGAAUAGGGAGAUUACGCGACGGUUUUGGAAAAUUGGCCUUGCUAGAAUUUUUCAUUCGAUCUGAAGGCCAAUUGAAAAUAGCAAAGCUGUCAAAUUGUGUGUGGACACCCGAAAUAACGCGCGUGGACCGUGGAUCUCUCGAAGGGUCAAACAACGUUCCGGAAUAUAGUUCAUUCGGGAAUAAGCACGGCAUCCUUCGCAUCGUGACGGAAAGCCGAAUUGAGUGGACAGCAUGCGUGGCAAACUGGAAAUUAUGCCCAGAGAAACCGUACGUUAAGCCGCAAGAUCUUCCACGUAUAGCCGCGCCGAUCUGUUGCAGCGUCGUGUUAGGUCAAAUGUUAGCGGACCUUGCAUGGGCGUUGACUCGUCUUGGUUUAGAAUACCGUAUAAUUUAUGGUACUUUAUUAGGCGCUGUCAGAAGUCAGGCCAUUAUACCAUGGACGGGGGACAUUGAUAUCGCUUUGACAAAGUCUGCGAUUGAUAAUGCUUCGACGUUUCCCGCUAUUGAAAAACAGCUUGAGAACCGGUAUUACGUAGGGAACUCUUUCAUGGACGUGCCAAGGGUCCACAGCCUUAUGGGACCUUACAUCGACGUUGACACGGCUCCCUUUUUUGCAGGACCCGAUGAUUUACAAGGUAAUUUGUUAUUUAGCAACGACAUUGAGGAAGCAGUGAAGGGUAUGCUGCCGGUGUCAGAGCACUGGAGAGAACGCAGUUAUGCUGAUUUGUACUGGUCUCCAUCAGUAUGGAUGAAUGGUUCUUCCCUUGUCACCAUUAACAAUCAGACAUUUGUCACUGUCAAAGAGGUUGAUUACGAGUUAACAAACUGGUAUGGUAAGGAUUAUCGGCAACCAGUUCUUAAGGGAAACUGGGUGGGUUUCUCGAAUAAAGGAACUGCUUAGUAAUAUCCUGGUCGGAAAGAAGAAGCAUUUCUUGGUGGCAUUUCGUGUGCCAUUGACUUCCUUUCGGAAUUCUCGCGCGUACAAACUGGUUUUCCUCGCGCGGCUUUGCCGUUCUCGCGAUCUAUCGUGAUGCUCUGCCGCUGAAACAAAGUAUUCGCGCGAGAUCGCACCAGCUACACAGGCGAGAUUAGUUGGGAUGGAAAUGGUUUCUCUUGUCGUUUUGCUGCCAUUAACGUGUUGAUUCUUGACCGUUAAGGUGCUAAUCCUUGAGUGGCCAAUUUGUUUACGAGAGUUUUCUUCUGUACAAAGUCCGGUUUCGACUGUUCGCACAUGAGGUCCUUUUACCGAGCAUCAUUCUCGAGGUGCUCUGUCAACUUCCUGUUACCCUUCUAAUACUUUAAUUAUUAAACUGUUCCUCGCCGCUUUGCACAUCGGUAGACUAAAGCUAUUUAAAAUUUCGUUGAAAGACUUGGCUACAAUUACACUGAAUGACCAAAAUUCAUGUGAAUUCUAUGAGUCAUGGACACCUGAUUUUAACAUAAGAAAUUAAAUACGAUUAAAGACCAGCACGGGUGUGCUUUGAUUUAUGCUUGAAGACUUGUUAUUCUGCUCUUUCCUUUAUUCGCGUUGUAAGAUAAUAUUGAGCCAACUCUAAAUAUCAGUGCUUUAUAUAUACCUCUUACUAACUGAGUUCUUGAUCCUUUCUGUCAGACCGAGUAUCUGUUUCGCUUCACGGGAUUAAUAUUGUUUUGGUUUCUGGAGUGAAGUCAAUGAACUAUUUACAUAGUGGCGAUAGCACCCAAUCAGAAUAUUGUGGCAUUGAAAACAUAUGUCCGAGCUAGAUUGAUAAACUAGUGAACACAUGUUCAGAUGUCGCUGACAUGAUCGUCACGAACACAUGGAAAUUUUAAUUUAUCCCAACUGUAUAGUGAAUUUGAGGUAGAUUGAAUCAACGUAACAUAGCGUGGAAAAAUGCCAAGGUAUUCCUUUCCGUGUUUAUGUGGUAUAAACAGGCGGGAAAAUUUCCACCAGAGUUCAGUGCGUCUCAACACAGUGUGACCUGCACCAAAUCAACUGUUGCCUCGUAGGAAAAUAGGAAAUAACGCUUGAAAUGCGCGUUUAUAGUUAUAAUAAUACAAAACAGACCUGCGAAAAGGAGUUCCGUCCUCUCCUGCAGUAUAUUCUAAAACCAAGAUCACCCUACUUCCGGUGUCCUCACAAAAAUAGCUCCUUGAUCGGUAGUUGGAGAUUUCGCGCCCAAGCGAGUUCACACCCACAUCGACUCAAUUAGCUAUCAAGUUCACCUAGAUUAGCGGGCAUAAUGACACAAAAUCGCAUAAAAUAUGUUUAUUUUUCGUUUUUUAAUCCAUUGACCUCGGAGCUAACUCGGCAAAAUCGAAAUAGAAAGUUUCAUACGAGUUCAGGGAUGCGCGCGAACUCGGGAGGUACAUACAUACAAACUUUAUUGAAGCUCCUGACUGGAUUAUCAGCUACAAUAUAAACUCGAUUGGGUGCGAAAGGUAGCAUUCCCUUGAUCCGGCCCUUUCGAUUGAAGGCCGAGGAGCGAAGAGCGCGGGCCACAAAUCGAAUGGGCGAAACGAAGAUCCGUAAUUUACUUUACAGACCGAGAGGGCAAGGUCUGUAAGAUUUAUUUAUGGCUCUACUAUGUGUUUGAUAGGAUUCGGAAGAGCAUAAAAUUUUAGCGGACCGUACGGUAGAAUACGGUGUGUUAAAUUGUAACAGGGGCUGGUAAAUUUAUCACUUUUUGUAAGAAAAAGAAUUUAGCUCACCGGUUGAGCAGGAGGCGAUCGGCAAUCUUCCGAGAUCUAUUUAUGUCAAGCGGCUCACUCGCUUAAAAGAUGAACUCAAAAUAUUAUUAAAAGGACAACUGUCGUAAACGAGAUAUAGCCAAUUAUGUCUAGUCUGUGGAGGCCCUUAAACGAAAGGUGCUGAUUAGCCUGAUUAGCCUUUGUGUUCCGACUUAAAGGUAGUUCCGAUAAAUAUAUUUUGUAACGUUUCGCUAAUUACACUGGAGUAUGUU